AUGGAGAAAAAGUACGCCGAGCUGGGAGAAGGCUCUGAGAAGCCACACGAUGAAGCUUCUACUAGUGUCCCGGGCCCGGUUAAUCAAGAUAUCCCCAUAGAUCAUGUAUUACAGCAAAGUAGCACAGCAGCGGAGUUCCCCAGGGUUGAUACUUCCGGCUCGAUCUCGAUAGAAGCAAAUCCGCCUUCACCCUCCAUAGUGAGGGAGUCAUCGACCAUGGAUCUCCUAGGAGCGUCUGCUCCGCCCGGUAGGACGGCGUCGAUCUCGUCGCAAUCUUCAUCGGCCUUUUUGUCCGAGCAUGGCGGACCUUCACGGCCAACUAGCGAGCAGCACACAAUAUCCGUAAGGCCAUCAUUGUCGGCGCUCCCUCAGCCUCCAGAAUCGCAAGCAGGGGGUACAACUCUCUCGCCAAUCCCAUCAGCCUCUCCUGGAAAUAGCAUUGGCCCAGCUUCCCCUAUCAACGCUUUCCAACCAACACCUCCUGCUGCCGCUACCACUGCUCCUAUUGGACCUGCUGCUACUGCUGCUGCCGCCGCCGCUGCUGUGCCUCCAACUAUGCAAAAGCCUGCCCCGUCUACGAAGGCUAAGCUUAAGAAAACCUCUUCGAAUUUCAUCAGGAUUUUUGGAUAUACAACAUGGCGCGACAGAGCAAUGCUAUCCCUUUCAGUCGCAGCUGCAAUGGGAGCUGGUGUCGCCUAUCCCCUGAUGACGUUGGUCUUCGGUCAGCUUGUUGGAAGCAUUGCAAACGCUAGGGCCAAUUUGACUGGGCCUGGUGCGCAAGCACACUAUACGCAACUCAUCAACCAAUACGUCCUCUUUAUGGUGUACCUUUUCAUAGGUAGAUUCGUACUGGGAUAUGUUGCCACUUUAGGAUUUCGCAUCAUGAGUCUUCGUAUCUCUUCGGCGAUGCGUCUAGCAUACUUCAAAUCCUUGAUUGGACUACCAGUAUCGUUGCUAGACACGCAACCUCCCGGCCAAGUCGCUGCGAUUAUAACCACCACAGCCAACACUCUUCAGAACGGCAUAUCCGAGAGACUAGCAGCAAUUAUCCAGAAUUUGUCGAUGUUCGUGUCUGCGAUCGUGAUAGCUUACUCUCGCAGCUGGAAGUUGAGCUUAGUUACUAGCAGUGGCUUGCUCUUGAUCACAAUAUGUUAUUGCAUCACGAUACCAUUCGUUGUAAAGAAUAUGAAGCAAGUUGAAGAUGCAAACAUCAAGGGAUCUGCAGUUGCGAGCGAAGCUUUCAGCUCCAUUAGGAUGGUCGCUGCCUACGGAGCUGAAUUGAAAAUGGUGAAGAAAUACAAAGAAUGGGUUGAUGAGGCGCAACGUAGAGGUCUUAGACUAUCAAAAAUAGUGGCUGUUCAGCAAGGAACCAUCUACUUCAGUGUCUACGGGACUUUUGCUCUGACGUUCUGGUUCGCGGUGAAGUUGCUGGUUAAUUUAGAAAUUGACAGCGUCGGAACAUUAAUUACUGUUUUGAUGUGCAUAAUGACAAUUGUCUUGGGAAUUGGUGGUAUUGCAGCGCCAAUUUCAGCAGCUGCUCGUGCUGCCGGCGCUGCUAGCAUUCUUUUUAACGGUAUUGACGCACCUAGACCUGUCACCACUGGACUCAAAGCCCCUGAUGUCUCAGCGGCAGGGGACAUUGUGCUCUGGGGGGUCAACUUCACAUACCCCACGAGACCAAAGCUGAAGGUCCUUGAUGGGUUAAACCUGGUACUCCCUGCAGGCAAGAUCACAGCUAUUGUGGGUCCUUCAGGGUCUGGGAAAAGCACAAUCGUAGCUCUCAUAGAGCGAUGGUAUGAACUGGAUGGGGACAACGAGCAAAAGAAACUGGUCCAAUUCUUCCGCAACGGCACAAUAAAAGUUGGGGAUACCAAACUGAUCGACAUAGACCAGAAAUGGUGGCGAUCGCAAAUCGGUCUCGUGCAGCAAGAACCAUUUCUUUUUAACACCACAAUUUUCCAAAAUGUCGCAAAUGGUUUAAUAGGUACAGAAUGGGAAGAGGCCGGUGUCGAGAAGAAGAGAGAAUUAGUAGAACAAGCCUGCAAAGAAGCUUUCGCCGACGAGUUCAUCUCUCGACUUCCCGAUGGAUAUGACACACAUGUAGGAGAUGCCGGCAUAAGAUUGAGCGGUGGUCAAAGGCAACGAUUGGCGAUCGCUCGUGCAAUUGUCAAACAACCAAAGAUUUUGAUCCUCGAUGAAGCGACAAGUUCAAUCGAUGUUCGUGGUGAGAAGGUGGUCCAAGCUGCAUUGGAUAAAGUCUCCAAGAAUCGCACUACGAUCAUGAUAGCCCAUCGAUUAUCAACAGUCAAGAAAGCUGAUAAUAUCGUGGUCCUCGCCAAGGGUAAAGUUGUUCAAUGGGGAAAUCACGAAAGUCUCAUGGCUAAAGGCGAGGGUCCCUAUUGGGCUCUUACCACCUCGCAACAAUUAUCAAUGGGUGAAAGCACAGGCGACUCAAUAGACACUUCAUCCGAAGUUACUGAAGUUGAAAAGAGGACUAUGGAUAUUAUGACACUUGACGAAAGCAAGGCCGAGAUUCGCGACAGCGAAAGUACUGUGGUCGAUGAGCCAAAACACAAGCCCAAAGGAAUACUUGGAAGCUUCGGCGCCUUACUUCUAGAGCAGAAGCCAUUUUGGCCCUGGUAUGUGUGGAUGUUGCUUGGCGCUGUGAUUGCUGGUGGAAGUCCACCAGUGCAGGCAUUCAUAUUUGCAGCACUCAUUUCAUCUUUCGCAUAUUGGGGCGAUGUACUAAUUGCAGUUACUGACUUCUGGUGUCUCAUGUUCGUUGCCUUAGCUGGUGCAGCUGGCAUUGGUUACUUUUCCCUCGGAUACUCUUCAACAGUUGUCUCUUUCUACAUCACUUCCACUUAUCGCCGCGAGUAUUUCGAGAAUAUUGUCUCCAAGGCUGUAUCCUGGUUUGAUGGGGAUGGUCGUUCAAUCGGUGCCUUGACCGGUAUCGUGGCCAGUGACCCCACGCAACUGCAACAAUUACUCGGAAAUAACAUGGCGUUCGCAUUCAUUUCAAUUUUUAGUGUCAUUGGAUGUUUGACGAUAUCUUUCUACUUCGGAUGGAAGCUUACCAUCGUCGCGUUAUCAUCAGCGAUGCCGUUGGCUGUCGCUGCCGGCUUCUUCCGCGUUCGGGUCGAAAAGAAGUUCGAGGCCAUGAACUUGAAAGUCUUCUCCGAAAGUGCCAAAUUCGCCACAGAAUCAAUCGGAGCUAUUCGGACUGUCACCGCACUGACUUUAGAAGACAGUAUCUCUCGUAGAUACGAAGAUUUGCUGGAUGCGCAUGUAACCAAAGCUUUCAAGCGGGCGCGAUAUGCAACUUUGGUCUUCUCGGCAAGUGAUAGCCUGUCAUUCUUGUGCAUGGCUUUCGUGCUAUGGUACGGAGGUACUCUACUGGUAGCAGGGGAGUACCAAACAUUCCAAUAUUUGGUCGUAUACAUAGCGGUAGUACAGGGCGCCACCGGAGCAGGUCAAUGGCUGAGUUUCGGACCCAAUAUCGCGCAAGCGACUGCAGCAGCAAACAGAAUCCAGGCCAUGAGAAAUAAAGAAGGUGGCGAUGGGCGAGGAAUCACUUUGGACGAAGUAGUAGAUGAAGAAAAACAAGGUGUUAAGAUUGAACUACGCGAUGUGUGGUUCAGAUACCCAACACGGGAUGUCCCGGUAUUGAACGGGUUGAGCAUGACUAUUGAAAGAGGUCAAUUCGCCGCCGUCGUCGGGCCGUCUGGCUGUGGUAAAACUAGUGUCAUAUCGUUAUUAGAACGGUUCUACAACGUCAAGUCCGGAAGCAUCACAUAUAACGAUAUCGAUAUUGAUAAUAUAGAUCUAAGGGACUACCGGAAGACAAUAUCGCUGGUAGCCCAGGAGCCAUCCCUUUUCAACGGCACUAUCCGAGAAAAUAUUCUUCUCGGAGUGGAUCCCGACUCAAUUUCUGCCGGGGAACUAGAACAAGUAUGCCGUGAUGCGGAGAUUCACGACUUCAUUAGCUCCCUGCCAGAAGGGUACAACACAAAAGUAGGCAUCAAAGGAAUACUACUAUCCGGUGGCCAGAAACAGCGAAUUUCGAUUGCGAGAGCUCUCAUCAGAAAUCCUCGCCUCUUACUCUUAGAUGAAGCAACCUCUAAUCUCGACUCCCAUACAGAGAAGCUUGUCCAAUCUGUCUUUGAGAAGACGAAAAAGAAUAGGACUAUGAUCGUUGUUGCACAUCGGUUAGCCACCAUUCAGAACGCCGACGUUAUCUUUGUCCUAGGUGACGGGCAAGUUCUGGAGUCGGGCACCCAUAUUGGGCUCCUCCAGAAAAGGGGUGUGUACUAUGGCAUGUGUCAAGCACAAGCCUUAGAUAGGUAA